AUGAUGUACGAGCAGCAGCAACGCUUUCAGCAGCCCAUGACGGUGAAGGUGGAUAUCAGGAAGAAAGCGGAGAGAAGCAAAGGCAUAGAGGAAGAGAGGCUUGAAAUAGUGGACUUGAGUGCCAUGUCCUUGGACUCUCUUCCCAACCCCUCUCUUAAUUUAGCCACCAUUUGCAAGUUGGAUCUCUCUAAUAACAAUCUUCAGAAUAUACCAGAGUCCUUAACAGCGAGACUGUUGAACAUGGUGGUGUUGGACGUGCACUCCAAUCAACUUAGGUAUCUUCCCAACUCCAUUGGCUGCCUCUCUAAGCUCAAGGUUUUGAAUGUCUCUGGCAACCUCAUCGAAUACCUUCCAAAAACAAUUGAAAAUUGCAGAAGCUUAGAUGAACUGAAUGCGAACUUCAACAAGUUGAUCCAGCUUCCAGAGAACAUAGGGUUCGAGCUGAUAAACCUGAAGAAGCUAUCAGUGAACUCGAACAAGCUGGUGUUCCUUCCUCGCUCGACCUCUCACAUGACCGCUCUGAAGAUUCUGGACGCGCGUUUGAACUGCCUGAGGUCUCUUCCAGAAGAUCUCGAGAACCUGGUAAACCUAGAAAUCCUGAACGUGAGCCAGAACUUCCAGUACCUUGAUUCUCUACCCUAUUCGGUGGGGCUGCUCCUCUCCCUGGUAGAACUCGACGUCAGUUACAACAAGAUCAGGUCCUUGCCGGACUCCAUCGGGUGCCUGAAGAAGGUGCAGAAGCUAAGCGUGGAAGGGAACCCUCUGAGUUCGCCGCCACCGGAAGUGAUAGAGCAGGGGUUGCAUGCGGUGAAGGAGUACCUGUGCGAGAAGAUGAACGCCGGCCAUCAGAGCCCCAUCAAGAAGAAGUCGUGGGUGGGGAAGCUGGUGAGGUAUGCCACCUUCAACGGACACACCUUAGGUGGACCCCGCGAGGAACGUGAGACGUUCAUCAUGCCUGAUUACAGACCAAUCGAUAGCCUCGCUUCGCCGCGCUACGCGGCCAUGUUCUCACCUCGCCGCCUCUUCUCACCCCGCAAUUACUUCUCCACCUGA